CGGAGAGUGAAUAUUUGGUGCUCAGUAUGGCCCGGUUCCUCUCUCCAUUUGCACUGUAUCGUUUGCGUCUCAAAUGCUCGGGUAGUUCUUGUCCAUGACUUUGAAGAGAUUCUUCUUCCCUGACAUUAUCCCAUCGGCCUACUCGAUGACUUCCCAGGCUUGUAAGAAAGAGAGGACCCCCCAGGGACUGGGUAAUUGCAGGUCCUGGACGAACAAUUGCAUGUAAAUCCUGGUCAUAAAUUCGGUCAACAGUCCCCCCUUGUUCUGCGUAUAGUUUAUUAUCUCUCCUCUUUGCAAACACAGCAAACAUCAACUCAUCAUUAUCUCCGAUGGCCUCGCGAUAUCGGCUUCAACAACCACCUGUUGAUUGGAUUACAAUUGCGAAAUACAAUACCAAAAUCUCCCUGACUUUCUCCGUGGUACCUGACCGGGAAUCGCUUCCACCCCCUGCAUAGGGCCGACAGCUUCACUUUCCCCCCACCCAACCCUAUCCAGCCAACAUGCCACCACCGCGCUCUAUCCUCCAAACUUAUCGUCUCAUCUCACAGCGCAAACCCUCCGCCCACCGUCUCUUCUCAACUCCUCCUCCUCCUCCUUCCCCACCCCCUUCCGCAAAAGAUGUCCGGUCGCGUCUACACAGAUUAAAUGAUCGUCUUCCAGCCUCGGUCCGUCCCUACACCACGCCUCUUCUCCGAGCUCCCGCAACGCACAUUACAUCCUUCCUCAUCCUGCACGAGAUCACCGCCGUGAUCAGUCUAUUUGGAUUGGUGGCUGCCUUUCAUUAUAACAAUGGAUUGCUCCCGGAUAUGUCCUCCAAUCAAUUGUUCGAGGAGCAGACGCAGAAGUUCGGACGUUGGCUGCGGAAGAAAGGCUGGGUGGAGGAGGUGGAUGUGGAUACUGUAGCUGAGGAGUAUGGAGGGGACAGUGCACACCACCAUGGCGAGGCGGAACGGUCAGCGUUGUCAGUCCAAGGCGAACGGGAGGGAGUGAGGUUGAUCUUGGAGUUCGCAACAGCUUAUCUCAUUACCAAGGCUCUAAUGCCGGUCCGCAUCGUGGUGAGUGUUUGGGCUACCCCGUGGUUUUCUAGAGCCGUGCUUUCGCCAUUGGGGAGGGGUGCUAGAGGGCUGUUUGGGAGGAAAUAAUGGUCGAGUCAGGCACCGUGUAUGUAUGAUAUAGUGCUAGACGGGUUCAAGCUUUGUACGGAGUACUACUAGC